GAAAAAAGAAAAGGGCUUUAAGGUGUGAAAAGCGGAAGCAAGCAGAAAGAAGAGAAGAGACAUGGAAGCAGCAGCAGCUACAACGACAAUGGCAGAAAGAGUGAGAAUACAUGUUGGAGGAUUGGGAGAGAAUGUAACGAGAGAUGAUCUUUGCAAUCUAUUAUCAAAAGUUGGUAUUGGGUUUCAAUCUGUUGAUAUUAUCAGAACCAAAGGCCGCAGCUUUGCCUACAUCGACUUCUUACCCUCUUCCGUCAGUGCUCUUCCCAAGCUCUUUAACACUUACAAUGGAUGUGUUUGGAAAGGUGGGAGGCUGAAACUUGACAAGGCUAAAGAACAUUAUCUUGAUCGCUUGAAGCGCGAAUGGGCUGAAGACGCACAGCUUGCGAAUAGUACAUGUAGUGAUGAUGUCAAUAACGAUGCGGAUAAGCAGAUGGAGUCUCCACGAAAGACCAAGAAAGACCUCAGUUUGGAUAAGAAGCAACUGAGGCUUUUCUUCCCAAGAUUACAAAAGCUGAAAUCAAUACCAUUCAGUGGAACUGGGAAGCAUAAAUACAGUUUUAGACGUGUUGAAGUUCCUUCUCUUCCAUUGCAUUUCUGUGAUUGUGAAGAGCAUUCUGGUUCUCUUCAUGCUCCUAAAGGAAAACAGAUUCCUGUUCUCGAAGAACAAGGUGGUGGGGUAAAUCAGGAAGAACUUGAUUUGAUGAUUUCUGUGAUGAAUAGGCUGUUUGAGAUAGAAAAUGUCUCAGGUGCUCCACAUAGUGACAAUGAAUUAACCAAAGAAGAAGAUUAUAAUACCAAUGCAACUGAUAAUCCGCAACUUGAUGAGAGUGAAGGAUACUCUACAGCUGAUGAAGAUGACCUUAUAAUUAAUGUGGUCAGCCGAAGGAAGGAAACAGCAUUUAGUAAUCAGGAGUCAAAAUUAAAUAAAAGACAGGCUUCUGAAGACAGACCGGCUCAGGAAGUGCUCAGAAAGCGGACAAGAAACGAUAAAGAAAAUGAUACAAAUAAUUAUGUAUCUGUCGCUUCUCAAGGUAAGGGGAGCUUGCAGGCUCCUUCAAAUGGGCCAGGGAUGCUCUCUGGAGAUCAACUUAUUGAAUCACAAUCAAUUGUCAAACAAUCAGCUCCUGGUGUUUCAUGGUCACAGAAGUCUUCUUGGAGAGAACUUGUGGGGAAUAGGAACAAUAAUGCAAUCAGUAUCUCUGACAUAUUGCCUGGUAUUUCUGCUAAUAAGGAAGAGGAAACCAAAUCUGCUGCCACACUAAACUCCAACAAAGGAAAAAACAAAGAGUUAUUGAAACAUGAAAAUCAGAGAGGUCAGUUGGAUAAAGCGGAAGUGGAAGGUCUUGCAGAAGCUCAGGAUACCAAAAUGGAUUUUGCUUCAGAUAAGGCAGGCAGAGGUUCUGCAUGGCUCCAUAAAGCUUCAUGGACACAAUUGGUCAACAGUAGUAACAGCAAUUCAUUUAGCAUCACUCAAAUCUUGCCAGGUGUUACUUUUGACAAGCAUGAGCCAGCAAAAUCCGAUGGUGAUAUUAUUGCCGAUUCUAGAGGUUUCAAGCAUGGUGAUACAGUUGAAACAGGUAAAAAUGAACUUACUAUAGAUGGUACUAGAGAUUUUAGAGUCGGAAGGGAUGGUGUUGCCAAAGAAACUCCAGAAUCUAGCCGGCUCAUUGUUAUUGGCAAUAACAAUACUUCAGCUCCAACAAAAGACAGAAGCUAUCCAGUAACGGAGGAGAAAGGUAGUGGAGUUGUUGCAAUUGAUGAGACUCACCUGUAUAUGAGGACUGAGGAAUCAAAUACCAAUACUUCACCUCCUACAGAGAUAAAAAACAAUUCAGCAACAAAGGAAAAAGGUGGAGUUGUUACAAUUGGUGAGACUCGCCCAUUUAUGAGGACUGAGGAAUCAGUUAAAGAGUGGGCAAAUAUUAGAGCAGCUCUAAGUGGGUCACGCAAAAGAACAAGCAAGGGGCAAUAGUUGCAUGAGGCAUUUACUAGGUUUGGUUGGCCUACUAUUAAUUUUUUCUUUUUGGCUAGCGACACCAGUGUUGAAUUAGAGGUAAGUAGGGUUCAUUUUAUGCCAUGUUACUGCUCUUGCAGGAGGAGGAAAUAUCUUGCAAUAGUAAAGAUAGUGAUGGUAUAUAUCCAUUCUAUCAUAACUAUAGCAUAUGCAUUGAUGGUCAUAUUAGCAAUGAUGACAGUGCUGGUGGUGAUAAUGAGUGCAAGGGUCUGCAAUUUUUGUAAUGGUGGGGAGAAUGAUCUAAACAUUGACAUGGUUUUCCAAUUAGUCUAUUAGAAGAUUAUGUCUCAAUUGUAUUUUGAUUCAACAGGCUAUUCUUUCAUAUUUGAGCACUAUCUUCAAUGUUUAUUUUCUGGACUUGUUGUAUGGAACUGAAAGAUAAUUUUUCAUCAUCUUGAGCCCUUGUAUGUUUUCCGGAUCGUGGAUGAUCAGCAAAGGUAUGACAAAUUGUCCUAAUUUGAUUGACUUGCAGAAACCUCCAGAAUUGGAGCACAAAGACUUGGGAUCUAAGUUGCAUUUCCUCUAUGUUUGUUUGUUUUAGCUGACUUGUAUUGAUUGUAAACCUAUUUGGUUGGAAUUUGAUAUAUAGGCUUCAUUUGUGUUCAA